CAGGAGAAGGGGGCGGGGGCUCCAGGAGGGAGAGCCGGGGAGAGACAGGCGGACCCCACACACCCUCCAGAUCUGAGGAAGGAGCCAGCUGACUCUUUGGAGUGGUAGCCUGGCGCUGGGGAGCUCAGUACAGCCAGGGGCGCUCGGAGGGGAGCUUCGCCCUGACUGGGGCCGCCGGCCAGUGGGCACCCCUAUCCUUUCCUGCCCCAGCAGCCUCCCCAGGGAGGUUUCUUAAAGGGACCAUGCCACUUUUCCCGUCCUCCCCAGAACUGCCUCUGGAGUAAAGGGACACUUUGGAAGAUGUGAAGUCCUUCCUGCCUCUUGUUUGGCUUGGAAGCCGGCGCUUCUCUGCUCCCUCACCCUGAUUCUGGAGGGAGGGUCGGGACCCUCCGUGGCUGCCCUUUACAGACAGAAACGCUACCACCUCCGGGAUGAUGGGCCUGCCACCUUGGAGCCGUCUGGGAAGGGGGAAGAAGGUACAGCCCUGAGCCAGGACUGGAAAGAGGGGAGGGGGUGGAGCCCUGGGGCUCCCCCCCAGGCUCGAGCUGGAGGGCGGAGAAGAAGCCAGGGUCUACGAUGAGAUGAGUGGAGGCCGCUUUGACUUUGACGAUGGUGGCGCCUACUGUGGGGGCUGGCAAGAUGGCAAGGCCCACGGCCAUGGGCUCUGCACUGGGCCCAAGGGCCAGGGCGAGUAUUCUGGCUCCUGGAACUUUGGCUUCGAAGUGGUGGGCAUCUACACCUGGCCCAGUGGCAACACCUAUGAGGGUUACUGGUGCCAAGGGAAGAGGCACGGCCUGGGCAUAGAGACCAAGGGGCGCUGGCUCUACAAAGGUGAAUGGACCCACGGCUUCAAGGGGCGCUACGGGACCCGGCAGAGCUCGAGCAGUGGAGCCAAGUAUGAGGGUACUUGGAAUAACGGCCUCCAGGACGGCUACGGCACCGAGACCUAUGCAGAUGGAGGAACAUAUCAAGGCCAGUUCACUAAUGGCAUGCGCCAUGGUUAUGGCGUCCGGCAGAGCGUCCCAUAUGGCAUGGCAGUGGUGGUGCGUUCACCACUCCGUACAUCCCUCUCUUCCCUGCGAAGUGAGCACAGCAAUGGAACCCUGGCCCAACAGGAUGCUCCCUCCACCCCCAUGGACGGCACCACUCUGGCGACCCCAACCAUCUCCCGUGGUGGCUUUGCCCUCAGCCUCUAUGCCAAUGCAGAGGCUGCUGCCAAGCUCCCUCGGGGUAGUGGUGGCUUCUUCCAGAGAGGUUCCCUAUUGGGGAAACUGAGGCGCUCAGAGUCACGGAGCUCUCUGGCCAGUCAGAAGAGCCGGGUCAGCUUCCUGAAGAGUGACCUGAGCUCGGCGGCCAGCGAUGCAGCUUCCACUACCAGCUUGGGAGAAGGAGUCGAGGGAGAGGACUUUGCUCCAUUUGAGUCUGACAUCGAUGCCACCACCACAGAGACGUACAUGGGGGAGUGGAAAAAUGACAAGCGGUCUGGCUUUGGAGUCAGUGAGCGUUCUAGCGGGCUCAAGUACGAGGGUGAGUGGUUGGAUAACCUGAGGCACGGCUAUGGCUGUACCACACUGCCUGAUGGCAAGAAGGAGGAAGGAAAGUACCGACACAAUGUCCUGGUCAAGGGCAUGAAGAAACGUGUUCUUCCACUCAAGAGCACCAAAAUCCGGCAGAAGGUGGACCAUAGCGUGGAGGGUGCUCAGCGGGCAGCAGCCAUUGCCCGCCAGAAGUCAGAGAUUGCUGCCUCCAGGACAAGUCAUGCCAAGGCCAAGGCGGACGGAGCAGAGCAGGCAGCCCAGGCGGCCAAUAAUGAGUCCAGCAUUGCCCGGACCCUGGCCAGGGAGCUGUCUCCGGACUUCUACCAGCCAGGCCCAGAGUACCAGAAACGGAGGUUGCUCCAGGAGAUCAUGGAGAAUGCUGAAAGUGUCAUGGAGAAUGUAGGCCGUGGGGAGGCCCCAGGCAUCCAGGAGCCCCCUCCAGAGAGCCCCCAGCUACACGAACGGGAGGCCUCCCUCCAAGGUGGUGGCACACCAGCCCGCACCCCGUCCCCCCACUUUGCAGGCACACCCCCUGAGGCUAAGCGGCCUAGGCCUGGAAUGGAAAAGGACGGCUUCCUGAGUCCCGGAGACUGGAAUGGGGAGCAGAGCCGAGAAGGCAGCCGCCCAGUGACUCCGUCUGAUGUGGGUCCUGGUGAGAGAAGUAGCAACCGGCCUGGUUCCAGGAGCCCCACCAGAGCACCUACUGACCACAUGGAGAUCCAGCCCCUGCAGCCACCACCCCCCCUGCAGCCUUCCAGGGAGCCAGAGGUAGCCCUGUACCAGGGGUACCACAGCUACGCCGUCCGCACUUCGCCCCCCGUCCCGCCUCCUUUCGAUGAGGACGAGAUGGAGGCGUCUGCCCCCACCACCCCUGUGACCCCCCCAGGCUCCCCAGAGGUCAAGCCUGAUGUCCAGCCCGAGAUGGACAUGCUCCCGAGGGCCACCCCGCCCCCUCAGCCAGAGCCGAAGGCCAGGGCCCCCAAAGCAGAGCCGAGGCAUCCGCCUUCUCCCAUCAAGGCAGACCCCGCCAGCCACACCAAGCUCACUAAAAGAACAGGCUCGGCCAAAGGGGGGGCCAAAAAGAAGGGACGCCGAGAAGCCGCAGCUGCGGGGGCGAUGGAAGCCCAGAUGGAACUGGAGGAGGCUCCCAACACCGUCCUUAUCUGCAUGGUGAUUCUGCUGAACAUCGGCUUGGCCAUCCUUUUUGUGCAUCUUCUGACCUGACAGGGCCUCGGCUCAGGAGUUCCCACCCAUGCGAAUGCUGGUUCUCUGCAAUGACUGGAUGCUACUGCAGCUGUCGAGAGAUGCCGAGGGCAAGACACCGGCCCCAGGAACUGGCUGCGGGCUUUCUGGCUCCGGCAGCCCCGGCCCUGAAUGAAAACUGCCCUGUGUUGUUUUGCUUCCCUGAUCCCAGUUCGGCUUGGUCCCUCCCGGUCCAGGAUGGGGGAGCCCUUCCUCUCUAAGCCCUCGCUGAACCUGAGGGCGGCAUCACCUACAUGAGUGUUUGUGGCUGCACCUGCACGUGUACCCAGAGAAGGGGACCAGCAACCCCCACGCCCCACUUUUCCUGCUGGCUAGCUGUUGGCUGAGGUGUCCCCAGGAACACCAUCCCCAACCCCUCCCCCCAAACCUUACUUUCCCCAGGCAGGGGGCUGGUUCUACUCCUCCAGGCUAGCCAGCCAAGGCUCUCUCCAAAGGAUUCCUCUAGAGUCUCUGACUCGAGUGGCCAGAGGCAGCUGGGAAGGAGGUGCAGCAGAAAGCCUGGAGAGGCCCUCGAUCUCCACUGUGGCGCCUGGACAUCCAGGGCAGGCAAGGGAAGAGCCUCUCUCCCCUUUCUGCUUCUGGGCUGACAAUGGCAGCUUAGAUCCACCCCAUCCCCAGAGAGAAAGGAACAAGUCCGCUCCAGCUGUCUGAGGCCCGAGUCCAUUGGGAAAACCACUUUGAGGGAAGAUGCCUCCCAUGCUAAAGGGGCUCCUGCUGUGGCAGGGACAAGCCACGCAGCCCGGGGGGUUUUGUUGGGAUGGGAGGCUGGGUGCCUGGAAAUCACUGUCUGCUUAUUUGGAGUGCUUGAAGAUGACUUUUGGCUUGGCUGGUAGAGAAUGGAACUUGCAUGCGCCUAGGUUUAAAGGCAUUUUUGUCAGUGGUGAGGGGUCUCCUGGCAUGUGUCCCUCUGCUGGGGGCAGGAGUGGCUCAGCAAGCCCCAAAGGUGAGCCAGGAGGCAGGGAAGCCUGAGGGGAAGAGACUCAGAUCAGUGCCAAUCCCUCAGUGCCCUGGCCCAAGAUGAAGCAGACGAGUGGAGCCAGGAGGAGAUGGGCAAGCUAUUGGAGCCCUAGUCAACACGAUUGGUUCCUUUCUUGGCCUUUUUCUCUCUUUGUCCUUGGUUGGUUUGGGCGCUUUCUAAGCUCCUCAGACAGUCCCUUAGGAGGAGGACUAUCUCCCAGACUGCCAUAAAGAGGAACUAGAAGAAAGGCCUCGGGGGCAAAACACUACCACCCCUCUCCUUGGCCCUCUCCACCCCCUACCCCCACCCUCAUUCUGGGCUUGUUCCAAGCCUUGGAGAUAGGGAUGGAGAUGGGGAGGAGCGCCGUGCUUUCUCUGUAACUUCUGUUCUCUCUUUCUCUAUUACUCCCGAGCCUUGUUCCUGGACCCUAGGAUCUUGAGGGCAUCUGUCCACUUCUCCGCGGUCCAGAUCCCAGCUGUCUUUCAGCUCGGUUUAAGUCUCAGUGCUGAUUUCUACGUGGGGAGGUGGGAGGACCUGUCCUCUUUCUGCAAGAUGCCAUGGGGGCCCCGUCUGGUUUCUGUGUGAUGGGUAUGUUGAGGUGCGCAUUGACCUUUCAGAGGAGGGGCCUAAAUGUACCUGCUACCUCGGGCUAGAGCACCUCCGUCCCCAGGACUGGCAGAGAGCUUUUCGGGUCUGGUUCCAGCCUUGGGAUAUUCCCCCUUUUGUCACGCCUAGGACCAGAGGAUGACGGUGGGGGAGGUGUCUGUGUGCUAUGUCCUGGCUGUUUGUCUGCUAUACUUUGUGCCAUAAUAAAGCAACCUGAUCACUG